AUGGAGCAGCAAACUGAGCAGCAGCAGCAGCAGCAGCCACUGCCCCUGCCGUGGGUGCAGUACGAAACUGUGGACGGAAAAGCUUAUUAUUAUAAUCAGCUGACGCAGCAAACUCAGUGGGAAAGGCCCACGCCGGAUGCUGCUGCAGAUAUAUCUGCUGUUGCUGCUGCUGCUGCUGCUGCGGCCGGUUCAGCUGAAGAUGAUGGAGCCUUCAUGACGCCUGUUUUCACGAGCACGGCCAUCGGCACCAGCAGCAGCAGCAGCAGCAGCAGCAGGCCGAAGCAGCAAGGGCUGAUGCUGUCGCUUAGUGGCACGCCGGGCGCUGCAGCAGCAACAGCAUCAUCCUACGGCAGCAGCAGCAGCAGCAGAACACUGAGCGAAGCAGGACACGAAGUUACAAUGGGGAAGCUGGAUGCAGCAGCAAAGGGAGACCUGUUGUGGGGCGGGCAGCAGCAACUUGCUGCAGGAGCAGCAGCAGCAGAUCUGCAGCAGCAGCAGCAGCAGAAGUGGUGGUGCUGCUUCCCUUUUGCUGCUGCGCAGCGGCUGUUUGACGUAGAUGCUAAUCAAGUCGUGAUGCGCGUGCAUGCGGUGCUGCCAAUAAGCCUCCCCGGCAGCAGCAGCAGCAGCAGCAGCAGCAGCAGCAACAGCGGCAGCGAGAAGGACAACAUGCUGCAGCAACCUGACUUGUACGGCCCUGUGUGGAUAGCAGCAACUUUGUCUCUCUUGAUUUUUAUUUGUGGCUCUCUCCCGCUGCUGCUGCUGCCUUCUGGAGGAGGAGCAGCAGCAGAAGAUCCCGAAGCAGCAGCAGCAGUGGCAGCAGCAGAAGCAGCAGCUGGCCUCAAACUUCUAACCUUCGCAGGUGCUGCUGCUUACGGUGCUGUUGCUGCACCCCCUGCUUUUGGCUGGCUGCUGCAGCUGCUGCAGCGCUACAGCAGCAACAGCAGGGAUGCCCAGCUGCCGCAGCAGCACCAGCAGCAGCAGCAGCAGGAAGUAGGCCUUGUCCAGCUGAUUUGUUUACAGGGCUACGCAGCAGCAGCAGCAGCCCCAGUUGUGCUGCUUCUCUCAGUGACACAGCUGCUGCCAGGAGCUGCUGCUAGCAGCAUUAGGUGGCUUGCUGCUGCUGCAGCUGCUGCUGUUGCUGCUCGCUUCAUUCGGCAGCAGCUGCAGCAGCUGCUACUCCCAAGGCACAAGAAGCAGCUGCUGCUGCUGCUGCUGCUCCUUGGGCAGGUUGCUUUGCUGCUGGUUGUUGUGUUUGCUGCUCCGCAUUACCCCAGCACGCUGUUCAGGCAGCAGCAGCAGCAGCAGCAGCCAGAAGCAAUUGUUUCGCCUUCGCUGCCUGAACUGCAGGAGCAGCAGCAGCAAACCGAUUCAGCAGCAGCUGCUGCAGAGCAAGCACUUUCUAGCAGCAGCUCCUUUGACAGCAAUGAUCGGCAGCAGCAGCAGCAGCAGCAUACAGACGCAGCGAGCGCCGACGCUCCAGCAGCAGCUGCAGCAGCAACAGGAGCUGCUGCAGAAGCUCCAUCAGCAGCAGCAGCAGCGGAACCUGCAGCACCACCACCAGGUGCAGCGGCGCCUGCAGCAGCAGCAGCCCCUGCAACAGCAGCGACGCCUGCAGCAGCAGCAGCGCCUGUAGCAGCAGAAUCCUCGACAGCAGCAGCAGAGCAAAGCGCUGCUAUCAGCUCUCCAACGCCAUAG